AUAAUAUUGACUUCUUAAAAUGGUUCUUUCCACGUUUGUUAUAUAUAAUAACGUAACGAAAGCAUACUCGUGCAGCCUACCAAAGAGCUUUAGCUUUACCCAUACAAAAGAGAUCGGGACACUGUAGAGCCGUCGAGGAGAAGCACACAAAAAAAAGUUUCCAUGGCGUUAAGAAGAGUUUCUUCGUUGCUCUCCCGUUCCUUCAUGCCCUCGCCUUCUCUCUUGGCUCUUCGAGGCAAAAAUCCACACUUGAACAGAGGAGCUCACAGAUACAGCAACCUCGCCGCCGCUUCUGUCGAAGACCCGAUCACUCCACCGGUGAAAGUCGAGCACACACAGCUCCUCAUCGGCGGAAAAUUCGUUGAUGCAGCCUCAGGAAAGACUUUCCCAACUUUGGAUCCAAGGACUGGGGAAGUGAUUGCUCAGGUGGCUGAGGGAGAUGCUGAAGACGUGAACCGUGCGGUCUUAGCCGCACGUAAGGCCUUUGAUGAAGGACCAUGGCCUAGAAUGACAGCUUAUGAGAGAUCAAAGAUACUAUUUCGUUUCGCUGACUUGAUUGAGAAACACAACGACGAGAUUGCAGCUCUUGAGAGUUGGGACAAUGGGAAGCCUUAUGAACAGUCUGCUAAUAUUGAAGUGCCUAUGGUUGCUAGGGUGUUCCGGUACUAUGGUGGUUGGGCAGACAAGAUCCAUGGACUGACAGUUCCAGGAGAUGGUUCACACCAUGUGCAGACCCUCCAUGAGCCUAUUGGAGUCGCUGGACAGAUCAUCCCAUGGAACUUCCCUCUUCUCAUGCUUUCUUGGAAACUUGGACCGGCUUUAGCUUGCGGAAACACCAUUGUUCUCAAGACUGCUGAGCAAACUCCUUUAUCUGCUCUUCUUGUUGGAAGACUACUUCACGAGGUUGCUUUCACCGGGUCUACUGAUGUAGGAAAGAUUAUUCUUGAGUUGGCUUCAAAAAGCAACCUUAAGGCAGUGACUCUUGAGCUUGGAGGCAAGUCACCAUUCAUUGUAUGUGAAGAUGCUGAUGUGGAUCAAGCCGUCGAGCUUGCUCAUUUCGCAUUGUUCUUUAACCAGGGACAAUGCUGCUGUGCUGGCUCGCGUACAUUUGUACAUGAACGUGUGUAUGAUGAGUUUGUAGAGAAAGCUAAAGCUCGUGCAAUCAAUCGUGCUGUUGGCGAUCCCUUCAAGUCAGGCAUUGAGCAAGGUCCCCAGGUAGACUCAGAGCAAUUCAAGAAAAUCCUGAAGUACAUCAAGUAUGGAGUUGAAAGUGGAGCCACCUUACAAGCUGGUGGUGACCGUCUUGGUUCCAAGGGUUACUACAUUCAACCUACUGUCUUUUCAGAUGUGAAAGAUGAUAUGCUCAUAGCGCAAGAUGAGAUCUUUGGACCGGUUCAGACCAUACUUAAAUUCAAGGACCUUGAUGAGGUGAUUGCGAGGGCGAACAACUCGAGGUACGGUUUAGCUGCGGGAGUGUUCACACAGAACCUGGACACAGCGAAUCGGCUGAUGCGAGCGCUCAGGGCUGGGACCGUUUGGAUAAACUGUUUCGAUGUACUUGAUAUCACGAUUCCAUUUGGAGGGUAUAAAAUGAGUGGCAUUGGGAGAGAGAAAGGUAUCUACAGCCUCAGCAAUUACUUGCAAGUCAAGGCUGUUGUCACUGCCCUCAAGAACCCUGCUUGGCUCUAAACCGAACCAAGGUAUCAUUAGCUUUGACUUAUGCUUAUUCCUCGAGGUUGGUUAAUAAAUGGAUUAUUAUUGCUUUGGGAAACCAGGAGUUGUAUGAUCUCUAGGUUUUCUUGAUUAUGAUGAUAAAUUUGUCUUCAGCACAUUUUUUACACAUAAGAAUGUGUAAUCAAUAAACCAUUUCUUGAUAUAUUUAUCUUUUUUCUUCUUCUGACUGAUAUAGCCAUCUUUUUAUCUGUGACAUUUGAGAAUAACCAAUAUAUAUAAACUUGACCAGUAACAAAAGAAUCCAUGAACCAUUUCUCUAUAAGCAGUGGAAAACUAAAAGCCUUUUUUCACAGUAACCAGUAGAAGUGGGAACAACAUAAAAAUCUCAAUAUCUUCACUUGUGAGUUUUCAAGGAUUCUUCAGUUUGAUUCUGAGCUUUCUAGUGAUAUGUGACGCUUUUGGAUGGACCGGUCGUCUCGUGUUAUCAGCAGAGUGUUCUGCUUCAACCCAGUUAACAACUUGGAGAAUCAGAGACUGUGGAACCUUCUUAACAUCCGCAUCACCUGUGCCUUUACACUUCUUCAUCCCUUUCUCCAAAGCCUUUUCUAUGAACUCCAUGAACCAAUUCGCAGCUUCCUUCUCAAUCUCUUUCGACAGCCUCACCGUGUUUCCUAACCCGGAAGGAGGAGGAGCUGCUGAUGGGUUCUUGUUCUCAUCGUUUGAUCUCAGUUGCUUAUGGUUUUGCUGCUGCUUCAGGGAAGUGGUUCUUCUCUUUGUUGCGGUUCUCUCCUGAUCAAUAGAGUUGGGCUGGAUUUCGUGAAGUAUCGAAGACGAUCCAUCCUCGGAUUUGUUCUCGUUAGCUGAUGAAACUGCUGCUUCAAUGGACGAGAUUUCGCUCAUGGUUUCAGAUAUCUGGCUGUGAAACUCCAAGAACUUCUCAAAGCACGCAGCAGGACAAUCAGCUUUAGCUGAUUUGCUUAGAUUGGCGAAUGUCUUGAGAUGACGAACGACUGUUUCUGUGGCUGUAGCUUCUCGCAAAGCCUGAAGAGCUAUCUUCUGCGCCGUCUCUCGUUGCUGCAUAGCUUCCUUGCUCAGUGAGCUGAGUCUUCCUGGUAGACUCGAACUCUUCUCUGGUUUUUCCAGCUUAACAUGCUUAGGUUCGUACUUUGGAGAAGCCAACUUCGAGGUAGACUUUGGAGCAUCUCUUUCCUCUUCCACCAAAGCGGUUGCUCUUCUCGUGCGUGAACUCGGAGGCGGCGAGUUGCUUUUCUUUGCCUGCAAAGGAUUUAAACGGACUAAGAAGAGCAGAAGAAACAGAGAUCUUCGCCGUCUCUCUAUCGCAAACACUUCUGCUUCUCGGAAACUUCGAGCUCGGCGGAACAACACAGCUCUUCCUCAUCAUCGCCGCAGGGCUCUCUCCUUUGAGAUCCGCCAUUUUCCCCAAUAGCCCUCCUCCGUAAGAACACCUAACACCACCUGGUGACCUCCCUCUCGUCAUCACCACCGGAGACGCCGCCGCCGCGAACCUCCUUUCGCCGAGCCGAUGCUUCGCCGGCGUGCACUGAUCAAAAUCCAAAGGCGCAGGCUUUAACACGAAAGGAGACGGAAAGUCACCGUUUUGACCCCAAGAGCCUCUUCUCGGCCUCGAACCGGGCUCCUUCUCUGUCUUCCCUCGUGUGCUCAUCAAUGGCUCAGGAGUUCCGAGCAGAGGAUGUCGUCCCGGAAUCGGCCUAGCGCCUUUGACGAUCGGAACAGGGGUCCCUGGGUCGAGCCGAUCGACGUAGAUGAACUGACCAAGCUGCAUCUUGUUGCUGAGAACGUCGUCGUCUUGAUCCGAAGGAAGGCUGACGUAGAUCGAGUGAGAGGAAUCCGAGACUUUGAUGAAGAAGCCUUGUUUGGGCAAAAGAUUCUUCUCGUCAAGAUCGAUGGGGACGAUAUCGGUGACCUGUAAUAGAGAGCUUCUGUGUUCGCCGGUCGGUUUAACUCCGGUUUUCAUCCCGUCGAUUAGCUUCUGGAGGAUUCCGGGUGCUAAAGCUGCCAUUUUUGGUCGAGUGUAAGAUCGAGAAUCGGUGAUUUUAGAUGAGAUAAUGAGAAGAAGUUCAAGAAAUGGGAAGAUUUUAUUUGAUUGGAUUUGAUUCAGGUAAGAGGAAUCAAAUUGCUGUGAUUGAACAAUUUAGGGAUUUUACUUAGCCGCGGAGAUCCAACGGUAAGUAAGUGUGCUUGAAAAAAAGAGGAAGGGGAAGAUAAUAAAUUAAUAAUAAAUCCAACUUUUUUGAAAAUAAAAAAAAUUGGGGGAUUUUUGUUUGGAACGUUGUGAGCAACGGUCUUAUUGGCGUGGUGGGUCUGUGUAUUGUAUUCGUAAUUAUUCUUCUAUUUGAUUAUUAUCGGCAGGACCUUCUUGGUUUUAUACGCUUCUUCUCUGAUACAUAUCAUAUUUUAAUACCAAA